UCUGGUGGUAUAAUCAGCGAAUCAAAAGCACAAUUUACUUUGUAGCAGACUACGCAAAUCAAACAGCCACCAGUCUAUCAUUGUCAAUCAGCCGGCUGAAAUAAAUUAAAAUAACAAUACAGAAUGAGGUUCCAAAACUCUGUCAUUCUUGCUUCUCUCCUUACAGCCCUGGCGGCAUACUCUUUGCCUCAGAACGAGAAUGGCGGCAGCGACACUUCUGAGUCUUCGGCUGUUGAAUCGGGAGAUGGCAGCGCAGACUCCACUGGUACUGCCAUCUCUGGCGAUGCCACAAGCUCUGCUGCCAAUGAUGAAUCUACCGAUGCGGCUACUGUUAGUAAUACUAGUGCCGAUUCUACGGCGUCAGAAACUCUUGCCGUUGCCACUGCCUCGUCUGCCGUUACUGGUGUGAGCGGCUCCUCUGAAAAGGAGGAUGUUGUAGCAACAUCCGUAACCGGAUCUGCCCUUUCUAGCAAGGGAAGUGGAACGGCUUCAGGCGCUAAUUCAAAUGCAAGUGGCACGAGCAACUCUUCAAGUAACUCGACAGAAUCAAGUGCGGGCUUCCAGGUUGCUGGACUGCCUGCUGGCUUUGAAUGGGUGAUUGGGAGUGGUGCGAUGGUUGUUGGCGCCCUCGGCGCGGGCGUUGCCACUCUCUUUUGA